GCAAUCAACGCAGCACAGCUUCGCCGCCAAUUGCUUUGAAAUCAGCGAAAUUUUUUUUAAUCACAUUCUUAUUUUUUUUCUUUUUUGGUUUUUACCCGCUCAAGUGAAAUUCCUCCUGUUGCUUUUUCUUUAUUCCUUCAACAUACAAAACCAGGUGGGAGUUGAAAAAAGAGACAGAUGGCAUAGUCUCUCUUAAAUUAUACUGGUGUAUUGCCACCACCAUUGUGCUUUUUCGCCUCCUUUUUAUUCUGCGAGGAAGAGAGGCAAAGAAGUCAUUUUGUUUUUAUGGUAGUGGUCCUCUUUUGGGGCUUAAAUUUAUGUAGUGUAGUGGAGUGUGAUAAAAAACCUGGAAAAGAUUUUGUGGGCAUGUUUUCCUGUCAAUCCCUCUGAACAUUAGAUUCCUUGUGUGCAGAAAAAAUUUUGGUGUCUUGCUCCUUUUCUUGCUGCUCGUUCUCUGCAGCUGCUUUUGUUUUUCCUUAUAUUUUAAUACUGUAUUUUGGGGCUUAUUUUUACCUCUUGCCACAUCUCUUGUUUCAGUGUAUCUACCUCUCUGCUGGGCCUGCCGGCAUUUUCUUCGUUCAGCGUCCAUCCUUUUUCUCUUUUCUUUCUCUUCUUCGUCUUUUUGUUGGAUCUUUUGGGGAGAGGACUUGUGCGGAGUGGUUACCGGUGUUGAUCUGAAGUUGGUCAUACUACUUCGAUGUGAUUUUGGUCCUUGUUUUUUGGUUUGCUUGUUUUUGUUGCGGGGUUAUACAGUGUGGAGUUUGUCGUAGAUGGCUGGGGGUGGUGGAGCGGCGCCACAACCGAAGGCUGAUGAGUUGCAGCCACACGCGGUGAAGGAACAGCUUCCCGGGGUUUCUUAUUGCAUCACUAGCCCUCCUCCAUGGCCGGAGGCAAUUCUACUUGGUUUUCAACAUUAUUUGGUAAUGCUUGGAACAACUGUUAUAAUACCCACCAUUUUGGUUCCUCAAAUGGGGGGAGGAAACGAGGAGAAGGUUAGGGUGGUUCAGACUCUGCUAUUUGUUGCUGGCUUGAAUACACUGUCUCAAACUUUCUUUGGAAGCCGGUUGCCUGCUGUAAUUGGAGGAUCAUAUACCUUCGUGGUGCCCACGCUAUCAAUUGUUCUAGCUCGUCGAUAUAGUGGCAUUGUGGAUCCACAUGAAAAAUUUAUUCGGACAAUGCGAGGAACGCAGGGUGCCCUGAUAGUUGCAUCAACCCUCCAGAUCAUCAUUGGCUUUAGUGGACUUUGGCGAAAUGUUACAAGGUUUCUUAGUCCACUUUCAGCAGUACCUCUUGUAACUCUAGCUGGACUUGGACUCUUCGAGUUAGGGUUCCCUGGGGUUGCAAAGUGCAUUGAGAUUGGACUUCCUGCACUUAUCGCCCUAGUUAUAUUUUCACAGUACAUUCCACAUGUAAUCCGGUCAGACAAGCCAGUUCUUGAUAGGUUUGCUGUUUUAUUUACGGUUGCAAUUGUCUGGAUCUAUGCUCAUCUACUCACAGUUGGUGGCGCUUACAAGCAUGCACACCCCAAGACUCAGUUUCAUUGUCGUACAGAUCGAGCUGGACUAAUUGGUGCUGCUCCAUGGAUAAGGGUUCCAUAUCCAUUUCAAUGGGGCCCACCUACUUUUGAUGCUGGGGAAGCCUUUGCUAUGAUGAUGGCAUCAUUUGUUGCUCUUGUAGAGUCUACUGGCACAUUCUUUGCAGUAUCAAGAUAUGCUAGCGCUACACACAUCCCACCUUCCAUUCUCAGUCGUGGUAUUGGUUGGCAGGGAAUUGGCAUUUUGUUGAAUGGACUUUAUGGAACAGCCAGCGGAUCCACAGUAUCAGUUGAAAAUGCAGGACUCCUAGCUUUGACGCGUGUGGGCAGCAGAAGAGUUGUGCAAAUCUCGGCAGGAUUCAUGAUUUUCUUUUCCAUUCUUGGGAAAUUUGGGGCGGUUUUUGCUUCUAUUCCAGCACCAAUUGUAGCGGCAUUUUAUUGCCUGUUCUUCUCAUAUGUCGCUUCUGCUGGGCUCAGUUUCCUUCAAUUCUGCAAUCUCAACAGUUUCAGGACAAAGUUCAUCCUGGGUUUCUCUGUGUUCAUGGGCUUAUCAGUGCCUCAGUACUUCAAUGAAUAUACUUCAGUUGCUGGCUAUGGUCCUGUGCAUACAAAUGCGAGAUGGUUCAAUGAUAUUAUCAAUGUUCCAUUUUCAUCGGAAGCAUUUGUGGCGGGGCUUGUUGCCUUCUUUCUGGACAAUACACUUCAUCGAGGAGAUAACACCGUCAGGAAAGACAGAGGACAUCAUUUUUGGGAUAGGUUUCGGUCCUUCAAAACUGACACAAGAAGUGAGGAGUUCUAUUCAUUGCCUUUCAAUCUUAACAAGUUCUUCCCAUCUGUUUAGGCAUGCAAAUCUCACACUGCCUCAAGAUCAUGUAAUCAGAUCCCUCAAUGGCUGUCCAUGCGAAAUGAGCGUAAGGGCAUCAUCUGUAAAAUCACUGGAUAGGCUUGCUGGUUUAGCUGAAUCCUUUUCUGUUGAACUCUCUUUGCUUAAGGUCAUUGAUAUGUAUUUAAUUUUUUUUUUUUGUAUAUGUUGAAAAGUAUAGGAUUGCAAUUUGACCUGAGUAUUAAAAAUUAAUUCCAGCUUCUCCGAUGCUUCUGCAUCUUAAAAUAA